AUGGAAGAUUUUUACAGGCUUCUUGAUCCAGCGAUUUCUUGUUCAGAUGGAAUCGUGGGAGUUAGUGGUGUGGCUCAAUCUCCAGGUGGUCAAGUAGAAGUCGGGAACCUCUUUCGUUUCGAAGGGAACGAGUCGGAUUUCUGUGGAUCAGAGAUGUCUAGUUUGAUCAAAGCUCAAAUAGCUAAUCAUCCUCUCUAUCCUACCUUACUUACUGCUUAUAUAGAAUGUAGGAAGGUCGGUGCACCACCGAAGCUGGCGUCGCUUCUUGAAGAAAUCGCCCGAGAAAACCAUGAUCUGAGGGGUAGUGGUUCUACUGAUUUCGGAGCAGAUCCAGAACUCGACGAGUUCAUGGAAUCUUAUUGUGAGGUUCUUAACAGAUACAAGGAAGAGCUAUCUAAGCCAUUCGAUGAAGCAAGAACUUUCUUGAGCAAUAUUGAAACCCAACUCAGCGAUCUCUGCAUAGUAGCCUCGUCCUCCACCACCACCACCACCUCCUCCGGGAAUUACCACUCCGAUGAAGCAUCUAGGACCUCAGAAGAGGAGCUAAGCUGUUGGGAGACGGAAGCGGCAUUCGAUGGCAUAGAGUCUUCUGUUCCUCAACCUGGUGACAAGGAGUUGAAAGAAAUGCUUUUGAGAAAGUAUAGUGGCUACCUUAGCAGUCUGAGGAAAGAAUUCCUGAAGAAGCGAAAGAAAGUAAAACUAUCUAUAGAUGCAAGGAUGGCAUUGUUGGACUGGUGGAAUAAUCACUAUAGAUGGCCAUACCCCACGGAAGAGGAGAAGAAGAUGAUUUCCAAAGUGACGGGACUAGAUCAAAAACAGAUCAACAAUUGGUUCAUCAACCAGAGGAAGAGGCAUUGGAAGCCAUCCGAAGAUAUGCGUUUCGCACUGAUGGAGGGUAUCGGUGGCAGUGAUGCAGUGCUACCUCAAAAUGUAUCUGAGCACAGGAGUAAUUGGCAUUGAUUUGAUGCUCUUUGAAGUUUUGA